AUGGCAGAAGGGAUCAAGAAGCAGUUUCGGAAGCUUGGAUGGCUGUUAACCCAGUAUCAAAAGAAAGGCCACGGGCCUGAGGAUGGCGAUGGUAAGGUGGUUAAAAGAGGGUCGCGGAAGGGGAAGGUUUUACCUGAGCCGACUGCAGGGUUCGUCCAGCGUGAUGCGCCCUCCCUCUCUUUGUGGGAUUCUCUUCGUUCUGGGAUGCAGGUGGAUCUGGAGGUGGUGGAUGUGGAUGGUGAUAGUUUUGAUGAGCUAGUUGGGCCGGAAAUCUUUUUUGUAGUUGGCCCCUUGUCUAAGGAUAUGGUGGAUUUGGUGCCACCUUCACCGGAGAAGUCUCUGCCUAGUGGGAGGCAGGAAGAAUGGUUUGAUUUAAUGAUUGACACUGUUGUGCAAGGGCAUGUGGCUAGUCAGGAGCCGUGGUUGCGGUCGGACCUUCUGCUGGAUUUAGCUUCAAACCUCAGGGCAGGGCUUGUUAACUUACGGAAAGCUCAGUCCAGUUUUGAAGCUAUUUUAUGCGUUUGCUUUCCAUGCAGGUGGAAGAGUAGAACGAAGGAAGUGGCUCAGCCGGCAUUUGGACAGAGACAUAUUAGAAAGGUUAAUUACGCAAAGAUCCAAACGUUGUUCCGGAAGAAGUCAAAGGAUGCGGCGAAGUGUGUGUUGGCCGGCACCUGGCGAGAGGCGUACAAAUUGGACGGGGGUCUACUUGUGGGUGAUUUGGAGUACUGGAGGUCCAUCAUCCAGACGCCGGGUAAGGAGGAUUGUAGACCUGUGGAGCAGCUUGAGGAAAACUAUGGCCUCCUCGGGCCAGUAGGUGUAGCAGAGAUUGGCGAAGUGCUCCGUAAGAAUCAUAAUACUUCUCUAGGGCCGGAUGGCGUUACCUUUAGUAUGCUCCGGCGUGCUCACUGGAAGGUUUUAGCACAGGUUUUCAACGUAAUGCUAUCGUUAGAGGCACCAGCAAAUGCGGUAACGUUGGCCAGGAUCUCCUGA